AUGGCUCACCAGCUCCCGAUCCCAGGCCCAUUGAAAGCUUCGAAGGACACCAUGCUUUCGAGAGUGACUCUGGACCAUGACAAUGUCAGUGGCAUAUUCCUUGAUGAGCCACCUCUUCAAGCCAAUAGAAUGGUGGAUCUCUCAAUCAGUGAAGGUCACAUAACAAUAGAUCCCAUGGACACAAGAUACUUCUGCGCUGCAGUAAGCUAUUAUAAUGACAUUUACAAGAUCACCACUGAAGUCCGCUCAGAUGGGCCGGGUUUAGAGAAUCAGCGAGCAGAGGUAUCUACAAAGAUAGAGGCCUUGGAAACAUUAUACCACGGCCCAAACUCUGCCUCUGAUUUGAGGAUUGGCCUUCUAUGGUUCAAAGUUCUGCACCUACUUGAGAACCACGUAGAAGCCUACAACGUCAUACGUCUAGUGAAUCGAAAGACACAAAAAUUCUCUCCCUGGCUUUUUAAACUAAUCAGUAGAAGUCGAGAUCUGAGGAAACGUCAGGAUGAGUCUAUCGUAAAACUUGUUGAGAAAGCGCGUGAUAAUGAUCCCCCUAAAUCGUUCCCUCGUGAGUACUCUCUAGAACGAAUGCGGGAUUUUGUUAUCCCAAACACUGUUGUCGAGGAUUUCGAUCUCAUCACCUAUAAUUUGUUCAUGGCGAGAAUCAUUGUGUCAUAUGUUCUCCGCCGAUUUCAGAUGCUACCUCUCCUUAUCCGCACAGAGGACAUUCUGUAUUAUCGUCACGUUAGAUCAUAUGCAUUUAACGAUGGAAAUCUUUACCACCUUGCAAAUUUUUUCGGAACUCUGCAAAUACAGGCUCUAAUGAUCACCAUGGCUCAAGAUGAGGAUGAAAAGAAGCCCUCCGUUAGGCAUAGUACAUUUGUACUCAACUUUGUGAAAGGGCUUACAGAAUUACUCACCCGUACCGUUACCCGUUCAGCCUUGACCGUACAGCCCUACAAUCAAACAGGCUGGCAUACCGCAAUCCCCUUUGAAACAUGCCCUAAGAACUCAUACUGUAUCAAUUUUCACAAAAACAAGGAAACGGCGGAAAAGGCUAUCUAUGCAAGGAUUUUGAUUGGCCCAUUCAGACCUUGGCGUAGAGGAAAUGUGGCUGUGUAUCUCCAGAACUCUUUGGGCUGUACGUUGUGGUUAACUUGCGUCAAUCUGGUUGAGCCUGAAAAACUAGAUAUGGAGAUUGAGAGGGUUGGAGGUUGUUGUGGGAUGCUUCUUAAUGGCAUGGAGGAACAAAACCUUGUAACCGUGGUCAAAAAGACAUCAGAUCCCUCCAAUAAAGAUGCUACCUCUUGA